AUGCCCAACAGUAGUGAUUAUGAUUCUUGUGAUGAAUGGCGAGUAAUUUUCAAUCGAAUUGAUUCUUAUUUUAGAGAUGAUAUUGUUCUUGAAGGUACAAAACAUGCCUCUACUCAGCUUGGAUGGUGUAUCACAAUAGCUUACGUAAUCGUAAUAUUUUUUGGUGCAUUUGGAAACAUGCUUACUAUUGCCGCAGUCAUUUAUAAUCCACAAAUUAGGACAACAAGGAAUUUUUUCAUUCUGAAUCUUGCUUUUUCAGAUUUCUUUAACUGUAUUAUUGCAGCUCCAAUAACGCUUUAUACAGUAUUAUAUACAUUUUGGCCAUUUGGCUUAACAAUGUGCAAAAUAGCCGGUUCUUUACUUGGUUUUGGCAUAUUUUUGUCAACUUUUUCCAUUGCAGCCAUUGCUCUUGAUCGGUUUGUAGUAAUUACGUUUCCAACAAAGCGAAAACGUCAGCAUAAUUUAGCUUUACUAUUGUUUUUUUUAAUAUGGGUCAUAUCAAUAGCACUGGCAUUACCGUUGCUGAUAACAUCAGACUUGAAUACGGUAUUUGAUGAUGAACAUUGUGGUAUGUCACUGAGGAUAUGUCAGGAAAAGAAUGAGAUUUGGAAUGAAAUGCCAAUAAGUAAGCGCGGUUACACUCUAGCAGUACUCGUGACACAAUAUGCCCUUCCAUUAAUAUCCAUUGUAUUUGCUUAUAGUAGCAUUGCCGUAAGGAUGCAAAUUAGAAUAAAUAGUCGUCUAGCUUCAGCUAACUUCUCUACAAAUCCUGUCAUCGAUGAAAGGCGAAAGUCGAUGGCAGGGCGACAAAGACGUACACAUUUGCUGCUCAUGUCCGUGGUAAUUGUUUUUGCGGUUGCUUGGUUACCGCUGAACAUUUUCCACGUUCUCAACACAUUUGGAAUCGUGAACUUUUCCGUGCCCUUAUUUGCGUUGUGCCACUUGAUAGCUAUGGGUUCUGCAUGCUUGAAUCCUGUCUCGUAUACAUUCUUCAAUCACAAUUUCCGGCAACAGUUUGUAGUGUUUUAUCAAGCUUUAUUAAAAGGGAUUAUGCAGUCAUCUAACUGGUUAAUAUCUGCUUGCUAUAACAAACGUGAUCGAAUCAAAUAUAAUCGAACAACAAGAGAUACAACUGUAAUGCACCACACGCAAAUGUCAACGACUAUCAAUGCGCACUUUAUCGGAAAUAAUGAUGGUAAUAAGUAUGGCAAAAAAACACGUCAAUGUCAUUGA